AUGACAACAUCUGAUGAACCAUACGAAACAACAUCUGAUGCACCAUACGAGACAAUAUCUCAAACACUGCAGGUGACAACAUCUGAGGCAACAUCUCAAACACCGGAGGUGACAACAUCUGAGACUACAUCUCAAACACCGGAGGUGGCCACAUCUGAGACUACAUCUCAAACACCGGAGGUGACAACAUCUGAGACUACAUCUCAAACACCGGAACUGACAACAUCUGAGACAACAUCUCAAACACUGGAGAUGACAACAUCUGAGACAACAUCUCAAACACUGGAGAUGACAACAUCUGAAGUACUAUACGAGACAACAUCUGAGGAAUCAAAAGUAGCAUCAGUUGAUGCAGUGAAUAAGGGAUGUACAAAUGAUAGCCAAUGUAGCCCUCAACAACUUUGCGCAGUUGAUGGAUAUUGUGUUCUCGAUCCAUCGUUUCCAAAAUUUGGCCCAAGAUGUCACACCAGUGCAGAUUGCAAAAAAUCAGGAGUUUGCCAGAAAGGACGAUGUCAUAUUUCGUAUCCUUUUACAAUGUGCAAAAUCAAUGAGCAAUGCACAAUUGAUGAGAUUUGUGUUAUGGGGGGCUACUGCGUUCCGGAUCCGCACUCUAGACAGCAUGGAAUUGGUAUGCAUGAACUUUUAAAUGUACACGGCCGUUUCACUUUUAAGGAAGGAUUUGAUUAUUGUGUUAAAGUCAAUGCGAAUUUAGUUACAAUCAGAGACCCACAGCAAGCAAAUUAUGUGAAUUAUAUUUAUAUCGCAGGUGGAGAUGGUUCAUUUUGGAUUGGUUUACUCAAAGACAUCAAAGGAAAUUUCAAAUGGCAAAGCGGUGAAUCCGUAAAUUACACUAAUUGGAAUAAUGGAGAGCCAGAACCGCGAAUAGGAUGCGUGAUUGCUGAUACUCAAUAUAGUAGGAAAUGGUCAAUAAUCGAUUGCGGUGAAUUAAAAUAUCUAGACCAGGGAUUUGUUUGCGAGAAGGAUGUUCGCAAGAUUUAG